AUGUCGAUGACGGCGCAGUCCCUGAAUAGCCCCAUCCCGAUCGCAACGGCUCCAUCGUCCUCCCCCGGGAAGCCAAAGCGGGUGCUUGCAUGUGUCCUCUGCCAGCAGCGAAAGGUCAAGUGCGACCGCAUCUUCCCUUGCGCAAACUGUGUCAGAUCUCAAGUCCAAUGUGUUCCCAGCCCCUUACUUAAGCGACGACUAAGGCGAAGGCCCCCACAGAGAGAGCUCCUGGAGCGCAUAGCCAAGUACGAAGAUUUGCUCCGUCAGAACAACGUCAAGUUCGAACCACUCCACAAUGAUUUUGGAUUGGAGAAAGAAAAAUCCGUCGCCGGGAGUGGCUACGGCUCUGACGGUGAGCCUCCAGAACAUAUGGACUCGGAGAUGCAAACGCCUUCGACCACCAGCAGGUCCGGAAGAAGUUACGGAGUCAAAAAUGUAUGGCAUGUCAUGAGUCAAGGGUUCCGAGACUCUGAUAGUGACAGCGCCGCCUCUCAUGAAAAUGAGCUUGAAAGCGCGGUGAAAGACGUGUACGAUCAAUCAGUUGUAAGCGAUGAUAACCUUUUGUUCGGUGCCCGUGGCCCAGCAGUCAACCUUUCCAGUCUACAUCCCGACCCAGUUCGAAUCUUCCGGCUGUGGCAGAUCUACUCGGACAACGUAAACCCGCUGCUCAAGGUUACACACACUCCCAGCCUGCAGGGACGUCUCAUCGAAGCUGUCAGUGACAUUUCCAAAAUCAGUCCAACCUUGGAAGCAUUGAUGUUCAGUAUCUACUGUGUGGCGAUUUCGAGCCAUGCGACCGAAGACUGCCAGCGACUUUUCGAGUGCCCGAAAGAAGACCUUUUGAUGAGAUAUCACUAUGCCUGUCAACAGGCGCUGUUAAAUUGCUCGUUCUUACGAACCAACGACCGUGAUUGCUUGACUGCACUAUAUCUCUACCUGAUCUCUGUCAGAUCCAGUUCAUUUCCUCAGUCCCUGUCAUCUGUGCUUGCUGUAGCAAUCCGCAUUGCCCAACGCAUGGGUAUCCAUAGUGAGUCGGUAUUGGCAAAACACACGAUAUUUGAGGCGGAAAUGCGCCGAAGGUUGUGGUGGUCGCUGGUGCUAUUUGAUACUCGUGUCAGCGAGACCACAAACUCCAGGACUGCAACGCUAGAUCCGGCAUGGGACUGCAAAGUUCCCCUCAAUGUGAACGACUCUGACCUGCAGCCGGAUAUGAAGAGACCGCCAGUAACGCAGGGAAAUACCACCGAAGCACUUUUUGCUGUCGUUCGUUGUGAACUGGGUGAAGUGAUCCGCCAUUCCUCGACCCAUCUCGAUUUUACUACCCCAGCCCUGAAGGUUAACGUCAUUACUGCCCAGAGCGAAGCCGAGGGAGAUGAAACUGAGCUAAUCAGGCUGGAGAAGAUGGUUGAGGACCGGUACCUCAGGCACUGUGACCAAGAGCACCCACUGCAGUUCAUGACGAUGUGGACGACACGCGCUCACCUGGCCAAAUAUCGCCUUCUGGAACAUCAGUCUCGGUAUUUUGGCUCAUCCUCGCGACAAACAAAUGCGCAGCGACGCACCGCCACUUCUCAUGCGCUCACAAUGCUUGAAUGCAACACCAAGCUCAUGGCGUCACCGCUCACCAAGGGAUUCCGUUGGCUCAACCAAUUCUACUUCCCAUUCCCAGCCUACAUCCAAAUCGUGCAGGAGUUGCGAAGCCGGCCGCUGAGCAACCAAGCUCGUCACGCCUGGGAAGUCAUGAGUGACAAUUACAGUGCGUGGUUCGGGCCUCACUUUCGGGAAGACAGUCCUUUCUUCCGCCUCUUCACCAAGUUGGUACUGCAGGCAUGGGAGGCGUACGAGGCAGCUCCCAAGCGACCGGAAGAUGUCUUGAUGACAGAGCCAAGAGUCGUCUCCUCCAUCAAGCACGCACUCUCACAAAUAGCCCUGCAUGCCCGGGAUGUCGAUACCGGCCUGCCGACCAUGCUGACGGGGAAUCCCGACAUUGAUGAUGGUGGUGGCGUAAUAAUGCCAACUUCGAUGCACAUCACACCGACGCCGACGCCCAUGGGGAUGGGGUUCUGGGACCACGGCAUGCCCUAUAAUAACAAUAGCGACAUCAACAACGAGAUACAGGAUGAUUUCGCCCUUUUCAGUGGACAGAUGGAUGCGAAUAUCAAUAUGGCGGGGCAACCUGGACACCUCGACCCCUGGAACUGGACGGGAUUCGGCGGACAGCCUGGCUGGGAGGGCGCUUGA